AUGAUGGCGAGCGGUCGGUGCAUGCUGAGGCUCAGCGGCACAUUUCUACUCGCAAUCGCGCCAAUAGCCCUGGCAGACGCGACUAUCUACGAUGAGCUCGACAAGCUGACGCCAAAUUUCACGCGCGUCAUCAAUACGCCUGGCUACAACGUUACCGAGGAAUUUCCCGGGAGUCAACUUGAUUGGGAGCUCUCAAUUCGCCUUUAUUCUGACGUGCCUGGCCAGGUUGACGGCGAGGAUGAUAGAUACAUUUCCGCAACCCGGUUUUUCUGGGACCCUCCCAGUAGCGUUCCUAGAGGGAGCGGCGGGAGUGUGGAUGCAGAUUCACAGUUCUAUUAUUGCAUCAGCCCAUUGAAGUAUGACGAACCCGAGGUCAAGGAUAGUGGCGAGGUAGACCCUAGAUGCAAUGGUGUGGUUUCAGACGCAUGCCUUCAAGAUCUCCAGAAGAUGACCACCACCCAGUCCUGGUGCGCGAUCCUGGAUUGGCCCAAUUCAUGUAUGGAUCAUUCUAAGGAUAACUCGCAGUUGCAUAUGUACGGCCGCGUCAAUAUCACCGAGACUCCAAACUCAUUUGUCGCAUUCCCAAGCAACCGGGAUGGGCAUAAGAAAGGAGAUACGGAAGACUUCCGAGACGCGUUAAAAACCGUCUGGAUUGUGAUGACGGGCUUUGGAGAAGCCACUCUAGGUGGGAAGUUAGCAGAAACCUCCGAGGUGAACCUCACAAGCGGAAUAUCUUGCAUUCGCGCUCUAAGUGCCAAGGGAGCAUCUUCGAUGGGCAACAGCAAGACGCGUUCUAUUCCUGCAGUAUCUUCUCUUAUAGCGGGUCUUCUUGUUACUGCAGUCUGGCUUCUAUUGUCGGAGUAA